GGCUGUUGAAGGGGACUCUAAUUAUUCAUAUUCACAAUAUAUUUCCGUCGAACGUUCAUAUUAUGAAUUAUUGUUCGAUUACAAAAAAUAAAUGAGACAUCACUCAAUUUAUCAUGAAAAAUUUGCUAGUAAAAUUUGCACACUUUUCGACGAAUAAACUUGUCGAGAUAACAUUAAUUAAGUAGACUUGGCUGUCUGCCAGGAUUUGAGAUUGUUCAGCUGUCAUGAUUAGCAUGUCAAAGGACAGGAUAUCAGCCUGAAGCUAAGGUUAUUAAAUGGUUUCCAAUGGCAACUCACGGUGAUUGGACAUGAGUUAUUAAUUUCGGCAGUUAUUAGUCACAAAAUGAGAUGAUUGGGAAUGUGUUCACAGGACUCACACGAUAGGAAAAAUGGAUCAAUACUUAAAAUAUUUGUACAGUGGGAUAAAUUGUGUACAACUCGUUAAUUUAUAAACAGAGAAUCGAAAAUGAAGACACCUCAAUGACAGAAACUUUGACGAUUCCUGAAGAGUUCAUAAAUUAUUAAAAUGACGAUGCAGGUCAAAGAAGAAAGAGUUGACACGGAGUAUCACAGGAGUGGACAAUAUGUUGCCGGACUUCAAACUCAGCAGUAUGCACAGCAACAACAUCAACAGCCUCCUCCUCCGAUCUUCCCAGCACCGGGUACUUACCCCGUACAAAACACUUCAACUUUCCCCGUGCAAAACACUUCAACUUACCCUGUACAAAACUCUUCCAUGUUGAUGCCAAAUAAUGUACAGACUUCUAAACCAGAAGAAACUGUUUCCGAAAAUCAAAUCGAUUUCUCAAGUGUCAAAGGAAUCUUCGGUUGGACAUCAAUAGAUGGUGUUGAUGUUCCGUAUAUAUUCCGGAAAGACAAAAUGUUUGUUUCAGUAAGGAUAGUGGAACAAAAACUAUUGAAUAAAUAUCCAAAUUCCUAUCCCGAUGAUUUAGGGAAACAUCAACCUCUGACUAGUUUCUUUAUUACCCCACAUGAAUGUAAACUACUUAACGAGAUCAAUCAAGUUCACUGUGGUGGAGAAUUCGGCACAAAACUGUUUUCUAUCAAAGACCUUAUAGUAUUAUUGUCUGAUUUUGUAGAAUUUUAUAACUUAGUGAAAAAGACAUUCCCUGAGAAUGGUAAGGCAGCUAACGAGGAUGAUAAUAAAGCGUCAACAGGAUCGGAAUGUGGCUGGCUACAAGUUAACAAUACGGUCUCACCAUACGUUAAAAGACAGGCUGAUAAAUUCGUUCCAUUGUCUGUUAUGAAAUAUGCAGCUGCAUUAAAUAUUCCAGGAACCGGCGUCUUACCGGAUACAGACGAAUGUGACUUGCUGAAUAAAGCUUGUAAAAUAGCAGGAUUUAAUUUUUCAUUUUCUAAAACUACUCGGAUUAUCUCCUUGUGUGAAAUUAUGAAAAGUUGUAAAAUUAAAAUAAUGGAGCUUCCGAUGGAAAAUCCGUUACAACACGCACAAUAUAUAGAGUUGCCGAGCAACAAUAACAAUGAAACGACCCAGAAACCCAUCGAACCAACGCCUAAACCAGAACAACAAACCACUUCCAAAUCCCCAGUACAUGAUAUGGUUCCAAGUCAGUACCCUCCCCACCAAAUGCACCCUGCUUUUAUGGACCCUAGAAUGAUGUUUUCGUACACCAGGCAUCCAUACAAUAUGUACGCAAUGCAGUAUGGACCUCCGAAUGUAACCGUAAAUCCACAGCAACAGCAUCAUAUGUAUCCUGGCAUGGGACCACCGCCCCCAUACGUCAACGGACAGAUGCCUAACCAGCCUGUCCAUGGAAGCAGAAACCCUACGCCUGAACGACGACCAAGCCAGUCACCAGUAAGAACACACAGUAAUGGAAGUGGUAGUUCUACACCACAACCAAAAUCACCCAACAGAUUGACAUCACCAAAUCAUUAUCAACAAAUGAGACCCCAGCUAUCACCAGGAUCUUAUCAUGGACCUCCUUCACAACCACAAGGCAUACCAAUGCCAGCAAACAAACCACCUAAUAACAAUAUGCCACCAGGCCAAAUGCCACCGGGACAAAUGCCACCUGGUCAAAUGCCACCCGGUCACAAUAUGAUGUUUCCGAACCCUAUGGCAAAUUUCAUGCAAAACCGGGGACAAUUUAUGGCGCAAAACAUGAGACCAAACGUUAGACCUGCAAUGCCAAAUAAUAAUCACAUGAUGUCGCAACGUCAUCCAACAUCAAAACCACAAACAAUUCCAAAUGUACGACCAUCAAAUCAGUCAAACAUGAGAGCACCUCAAUCAUCAACAGGGGGGAGACAUCAUAUGCCACCUCCUCCGUCAAUGUCGGGACCACACCAAGGACCAAUGAACGCUUUGCAAUCAAUGGUCUCUCACCAAAAUGGAAACAUUAGACAAGCUGUACCACAAAACAUAUCACAGACAAUUCAAAGACACAUUCCAAACGGUUACAACCCAAAUGUUACAAAUCAGCCUCCUCAAAGGCAAAUUAAUUUGAAUAACAAUCAAAAGAAUGUUCUAAGACAACAUGUUCAGAAUACGGAUAGAACACGAAAUGAUACGAAUGAUUCCGUUGUUAAUGGUGAUAGUAAUUUUCCACGUCAUAUUACUUCAGGUCCGAACAAUCAGGAAAACAAGGGACCAGAGAAAAGUAUAAAUCAGUUCCUUGUUGAGAGUAUUAAAGGUGUGUGGUUAGGUGGUAAAAGUAUCUCGUGUAUGCACUUGAACAGUCCAGGGAGAGGCGGUAAAUUUUGUUUAGUAGAAGCUGUUUGUAAGCUGUAUUUCAGUGGAUGUAGUGUAAAUGAAUUUCUGUACGCAUUAGAAAACGUGUUAAAAGUUCCUCUAAUGACGUGUACCGAUGACGAGGAAAAAGCCUUCAUUCAUUAUUACAGUUUACCCGUAACGGUGCUCAAGUGUAACAAAAUGAUUGAUUUUGAAGACUUGGAAAAAUUUUUUCCGCAGUUGUCAUAUGUGUUUAAAGAGAAAACGGGCAACGGUGGUCCACAUAAAACAAUGUCUCAAGCUGAUAAUGAAAGCGCUCCCGUGAAUCCUAUUCAACACGACCCAGCAAUGCCAUUGACAAUGAGUGAAAUGCAACAAUCAAAUAAGCGACCAAGUAGUACACCAAUUUCUGGACCACCAGCAAAGUCGAGCAAGCGCUUGGAAGACACAGUUCAAAGGUUAAUGCAUCAACAAGAAAUGACAACAGGUGGAACAGAAAAUCCGUCAGGAAGAGGAGCCAUAAUAAUUUUAGAUGAUUGAAUUGUUGACCAGUAUUGACAUUGAAUUGUUGACCAGUAUUGACAUUGAUUUGUAGUAGUAAUGAUAGUGCUAAUUUUAUUUUAUUUUUGUAUAUUUCAGCAGAGUGAACCAAAGAAUAAGUUAAGAUACUUAAUACAUUCAUUGUUUUUUAUGUUUUUAAAAGAGAAAAUACCCGACAAUAUAAAAUAAACUUGACAUUUUUGAUAAAGGGGAUGCAUUCAUUUUUUUUUAUGUAUAUGAUAUUUUUUUUCUUAUUUACGUUAUUUUGCUAACAGGCAAAGUAUUUAUAUUACCGACAUGCAAUGACAUCUGAAAUUAAAUGAUAAUUGAAAACAAUGGAAUUUGUUUAAAUUAUCGUGAUUUCAAUUGAUUUGGUAAAUAUCAAAUAUUGCAUGAUUUUGAUAUGUGGAACAAUUGCUUACAUUUUUGUAGUUUUUUUCUUGUCAAAAAUAAUUGAAAAUGUUCGAUUUGUAUAAUGGGAUUUUCUUUCUCUAACGAUUUUUUUUAUCCACGAAUUUUAUUCAGUGGCAUCGUUUAUUAGUUUUGAGCAUUCAUAUCAGCUGUACAUUGUAUGAUAUAACAUGUGACAAAUAGAUCAUAUCAGUCGUUAUCACCACACAGAAUCUCCCAUGUCGGAAUCACAUCUGUAAAUAUGUCUUAUAAUAUUUAUUACAACUGUGAAGGUUGUCAGGGCAUUAGAAGUACUUAAUUUAGUCAGUAACGUGUUCUUAUUGUUGGUUGACACAUUGUAUUACAUUAUUAUAGAAACUUGUUUAAAACAGUCUGAUCAAAUAAUUUGUGAUAAUCAGCUGAAAUAUGGGCAAUAAAAAUUAUUUGUGUUUUGUAAUAGAUGUCAGCUUGUCCCUAUUGUUUUUUUUUUUAUCUUCAUGACGUAGUGCAUUCAUUUUAUUCCUUUUUAUAUAUAUAAAUACAAAAACUGUUCUUCCUAAAAAUGCCUUCUAAUUUUGAGGAUUACUUAAAUGUUGGAAUUGAGUUCUACAUUUAAAACAGAGAAUGGUGGGACUUGUGUACAGUGUUUUUUAUUUGUUUAUAUUUGCAGUUGAUAUUAUCCAGAAAAAGGGUAAAAUUGAAAUUUAAUAAACAAAAGAUUUCUGCGAUAUUACUAAAACUUUAUUUAAAAUAACAAAAAAUUGAUCCUGUUAAAAUAAUCACAAAUCCAAUUAUUUUAUUAAAUGCAACUUGGAUUCACCUAAAUCCUCUGGUUGACAGAGUUGUUCAUUUAUAUAUUGGAGUUGAUUAUUUUUUAGAACUGGGCGAAGUCUACACUACACAUAUGAAUUAUGAUAUGAUAAGAUUUUCUUCAGUGCUGAUAACUUGCAGAUUUUUGUUCUUUAUAUUGAGUUUUAUAGGUUGUAAAGUCAUGACCUUGAGGUGCUCUUUGAUGUUAAUACGAACAUGCAUUUGAUUUACUGAACAUGUAUUGACAAUGAAAUUUAAUUUUUUGUACUUAAGAAAGAAACCAGUUGAUUUUUAGAGGUGUAACGUAGUUAUCCUUGAUUUCAAUUGACGGUCUCGUUGAUAUUGAUUAUUUUUAUUUCCUUUCUUGAUAUAAAACAUCUCUUACACUUUGAAUGUUUUUUCCUGUCGAUCUAUGUCUUGACGUUUUCUUCAUUCGUGUAAACUAAAAUCCAAGAUUUUUUCUACACCCGUUCCUUUUAAAAAUCAAAUGGUUGCUACCUUAGUAUGUGCUCUAUAAAUUUGUUCAUUACUUUUCACUGCUGACAAAUUAAGUGAAAACAUGAUUGUCAUACAGUAAGUUGUUAUAUUUUUUAUUACCAUGUUUAUAAAAAAAUAAAAAUGAAAAGUUA